UUAUCGCGAUGCGCAGGGCCCUGGGAACGGAGUAAGAUAGCGCGAAGGAGGAGCGAUUAUUUAGGUGGGUACGAAGGAGGAGGAGGAGGAAACGAUGAGAUGAGAUGGGAGAGCAUUGGAGACAGAAGAUGAGACGGAACGGAGGAAUCGGGGCGUUGGCUAGAGUAAGGAACAGAUUGAAGCGAAGUGAAGUUGAAGUCGUUGGGAGGAAGAAACCGAAGGGGAUGGAUGUUCAACGUUCCAACCGUCGUGGGGAGGAGGAAGCGACACCGAAGCGGAGGAAAGUGCAAACGUGGGGGUCUGUCUCAUUGGGGGUUGUCAUUUCAUCGAUUACGUGAGCAGCAGUCGCACCUUCCACGUCUCUGGACGCACGAAUGAGGUACAAACAUACAAAGCCC